CCACCAAACACGGAAGUGUGUUAUUUGUCCUUGCAGAGGUGAGAGCCGUUCACACGUUUAAUCUUCGAGUUGAAAAGCGCGGAAACAGUUUUCAGACUGACACUCGACUUCAAUCCGGUUCCAGUUUGAGAUCCAGAUUACAGAAAGAUGAGGCAGAAACAUUUCGCGUCGAGUCUGUUGGCCCUCUGUUUCCUGGUCUGUAGCGGUCUGGGUCUAAACUGUGACUGGGAACACUCCCCUGGGACGGAUCAGAGUCUGCAUACGGCCUCCGUGAACGCCGGAGACUUCCACAUGGACGACAUCCCGGGGGUGUCGGAUCCGGAGAGCUGCCGGGCGGCAUGCUGCGACAAGCCGGACUGUGACAUGGUCUUGGUCGGUCACCCGGCGGACGGACCGCCGCAGUGCCAACUGGUGAAGUGUUUGACCCAGAGCCGGGACGCGUGCGUCUUCCAGCCCAGUACGCAGUUGGAGGUUUACCGCAAGAAGGUGAAGACAGAGACCCGCGGAGAGGCGAAGGAAGGCGGGGAGAAGCACAUCGUCCCGCUGCUUGGAUCCGUGGAGCCGAAGACCAACGAGACCAACAACAUUCGCUGUCGUCUGCCAAUGAAGGUGGGUUCAUGUCGAGCCGCCUUCCCGAAAUUUUACUACAACGUCACCAGUCAGAGCUGCCAGAGCUUCAUCUACGGCGGCUGUGAGGCCAAUAAAAACAACUUUGACACCCUGGAUGAGUGUAAGACCGCCUGCAGCGGAGUCACAGGUUCAGUUCUUCCUGAUGAGUCGACUCCUGCUCCUCAGCUUCCUGUCAAAGCUGUUCGAAUGGUUCCUGCCUUCAACACAAAGGACGCUCAAGAUGCUGAAGGUCCAGUUGAGUCUGAAACUGCUGCUGCAGAGUCUGUACACGCUCAGGAGACAGAAAUGUCAGCAGAUGACUUCGCUGAGCGCUGCGGGGCGGAACCUCAGGUGGGCCCCUGCAGAGCGGCGUUGCAGCACUGGUACUACAACAGAAAGACAAGCAGCUGCGAAUCGUUCAUCUAUGGAGGCUGCAAAGGAAACAAGAACAACUACAUCAGCAAGGAGAGCUGCAUUGCUACAUGUACAGUCACUGUGCUUCCCUCCUCCAAGAAGGUCACUGAUGAUGAAGCUCCUACAGAGUACAAAGAUCAGUGUAUGGUGACCCCCGACCCCGGUCCCUGCCGCGCUGCCUUCCCCAUGUUCUACUACGACCCAAAUGCUGGUACCUGUCAGUCAUUCAUUUAUGGUGGUUGUCGAGGCAACCAGAACCGUUACAGCAGUGUGGAGGAUUGCAUGAGGCGCUGCACCACAGAUGGUUGCUUUGAUGGUCACGGCAGAGCUCGUAACCGCUGGACUGCAGCCGUCUUCCUCUUCAUCACUCUGGCAGCUAUCUCUGCUCUGCUGUUGGCUACGCUCAUCAUCAUCACAAUGAGACGUCGCGGUCUGUCCCGCCGUCCUUCCUCCAUCAGUGAUAAGGAGGAGCUGCUUCCCGACCCAGAUGAGCAGUCCUCUGUUGAGUCUCUGAACGUCCCAGAGAGCCCCAAACUGGACAAGGCGUGAGGAGAGGUGCGUGAUUCUUCUGGAGCCACUGAGGGGUUUGUUUCAGGUGAUUCUCCACCUCAGAACUGAUUUCAAUAGAUGUUCUUCCUGUAACUUCUUUCAGUUGGUCAACUAGGUGACAGAAAUGUGACAGAAACCCGUUUCAGAGCCACACAAGCCAACAGAUUAAGAAAGUUCACAUUUGCUAACUUCAUAUGCGGAUGUGACUGUUGUGUUUGACCGCAGGAAUAACUUGGAUUUCAGUUUUGUGGUGGUUUUCUGCUUUAACUGUGUGAGCUGUGUUCGAAGAGCUAAUCAUUCGAUGUCAUCUCAUCAGUGUGGGUCAAAGGGAAACUGUUGCACAUAAGACUUCAUGUUUAUAACACCUUAAAUUAACAAUCAGACGUUUCUUUUUCUUUUAGCAGGUUGAUUUUGUCUCAGUAACAAACCUGGUCAGUCUGUGUCGACUCCAUUCAGCCUUUGUUGUAAUUCACAUUGAAUAGAAUAAUGAAAUCUUCUUCUCUUUCUCUCUGAGGAUUAGAUGUUCAGAUGCAUUCCAUUCCCACGCCUGUAUGCUUAAGAUGAAGCUACAGCCACAAUCUGAUUAUCUUAGUUUAGCAUAAAGACUGGAAAGGGUGCGCAGUUAGCUGGACUCUGUCCAAAGGUCACAGAAUCGACCUAUCAGCAACUGCUGAGAUCACUGAUUAACAUGUUACGUAUAAUUUGCCUCAUCUGACCAAACACCGAGAUGUAAAAAAAGUAAAAAGAGUUUUUGGUUUGGGAGGGAGUUAUGUGUUUGAACUCUUUCUUGACGAAGAACGGUGCAUCAUCUGCUCAGCGCUUCUGUCUCGGCAACGUCUCUGGUUGAUGGUUAACAAGAUAUCAUCUAAGCAAAUAAUUCCACAUAAAACCACAAAACAAAUAACAGCAACAAACCACACCCAACAUGUUAAUCCGUGAGGUUUAGAGAUGCUGGAGGUGGAUUUUGUUCUCUUUGUACAGAGCUAGGCUAGGUGUUCCCAGUUUUUAUGCUAAGCUAAGAUAACCAGCUGCUGGCUGUAGCAUCAUGUUAAGUGUACAGACAUCAGAGUGGAAUCCACGUUAACAUGUGACUCUCAGAGAGGAAGAGGAGAGGAUUUUCCAACAUGUCAAACUAUUCCUUUAAAAACUGCUAACACAGUCUUCAGAUCAGUGAAAGUUUGAAGAUCAAAGUAAAGUUGAAAAUCAUUUUACAGGUGUUGGUCUAAUCUUAAACCUCUUGUAAUGUGGAUUAUUUUAGUAAGACCGGCAGACUCCAGACUGUUAUCAUAUGUUCAUGUGUUCAUGGUUUCAGCUUUUAUUGACUGGUUAUAUUUUCCUGAAAUUCAAACUCUGUUUGCUUCUCCGCCUGCUAAUGCUGAUUAUUGAUAAGUUAGGAGAUAGAAAUGAAUUAAAUUACUUUAAAUUGUCAUUUGAAGUCAUUUAUUCAGUAAAACUCAAUUAUUUUUACUUUCCAUAAUGUGAGAAUUUGGUGUUUUCUUUUAAUCUUUGUAAAAUGAAUAUCUAUGUUUUUUAUGCUUUGACAAAAUCAACAAUGUGAAUUCCUCACUUUGAUCUCUGGUGACUUUAGAUGGAGCUUUAACAUCAGUUUUUAUGUUUUUAAUAAGAUGAAUGGUAUAAAGAGUAAGUUUGUAGUUGGCAGCCUGUUCUCAUUCGCAGGGCGUCUUAUACAGAAGCUGUCAGGUUCCUGAAAGUACCCAUCUGUAUGAGCUGUGUGACGAUGCGUUGCUGUGUGAUGCUCUGGGAAUGAGACGGCUUUAAAUUGACAUUGUAGAUUUAACAGAGCUAAAGUCUCAUGUUCAGCCUCCAGUAGUUUCUUUAUUUUUCCUUAAUAACAGGAAAGCAUUCAGCAACCAGCUAAACAUCAUGUAAUCCUUGAAAACUGACCUGAGAACCUGCAGGAACAUUUUAACGCAGAUAAAGUUAAGACUGAAACAGCUUGUUGAGAUGGAAAUGAUGCAAAUUUAAAACAAAUCAUUAAAAGAAUGAGCCUACAUGUCCCAUAAUGCAACAGGAUGUUGUCUGUCCUUAGAGCCUCUCUUCAUUCGUCACUCCUCUGCAGGCCAAGAACCGCUGAGUCAUGUGAUGAAACUGCACUAACUGCUACAUGCUUCCUUAUAUUUGAUUAGUAUUUGAUUGAUUAUUAAAGGGGAGGAUCCUCAUAGUCACUUUGUCAUUAAUGCAGUUGAAUGUAUUUGAUAUAUUUCAUGUAUAAGCUCUAAUUUUGAGUCCUUUAACAUCCUGUUUGUAGUGAAUUUAAGAUCAUACAUGCAAAUUGUUGUUUUCUGUCAUAAAUAAACACACCAGUUCAUAAUUUA